AUGGAGAAACUACAAAAUAUCAUGAAAUCCUUGCCACAAAUGUCUAAAAACAUCAUAGACGACACGAUCCAUGAAAAAAUAUUAUCGUAUCUAUCAAAUUACGCGUCACAGGGCCCAGAAACUGUGGUUAAAUUUCUUGAAUGGAACGUGCUGGACAUAAUACGUGCUUGCAUCACGCAAGUUGAUCAUAAUAAUGAGAAGGAUGUAGCGCACGAAUGCGUACAAGAUCACAGGAUCAUGGCUUUGUCAAUUCGCUUUCUUGCGCGUCUUUUGGCCAAUGAUGAUAGGCACAAUGCUCUGUUGAUUUCUCAAAUUUUUACAAAUUAUAUCGACAUAAUUGAUUUUAUUCUGGAUCAUGCAUUCGAUGAAGAAGCUUUAAUGCGAUUUGCAUGCAUCGAAGCAUUAGAACAAUUAGUAACUUAUAACCUCGGCGCUAGAUGGUUUCUCGAAUCAAAUAAAAGCGAUCAAAUCGUUGCAAAAUGCUUUGACGAUUCUAGUGCUUAUGUUACUGAUGCAGCAUCUAAGCUUCUUUUAUCAAUAAUCAAUAAUUGUUCUUUACUUACUUCAACAAAGAAACGGAAAAGCCUUGAAGCACAGGAUGCCCUUAUGAGCUUCUUGAUAACUUCACUUGAUUUGUUCAAUAAAAUAAAUCAACUUAUGUUCGAUUCAUCUGCUGAUAUGAGUCAUCGAUUAGCAACUUUGCAAUUGAUUUGGAUAUUGGCGGAUUCACGGACAGAUAAUGCCAAUGGAUUUUUUAAAAAAGGAAAUCUGUUGAAUGUUUUGUUAACUGAUCCAGAUAGAAAUAUAAGAGCAAGAGCAAACGAUAUAUUGUGCACUUUGCUUGAUUGGGCUCCUGAUCCAAUUACUUUAUUUAAGCAAUCUGGGCAAUCUAUCAAUACAAAAGACUCGAUGACUGAAACUUUGAACUAUAUCAUAAAUGAAAUCGUCUUCCCGUUGUGGAAUACUGAUUCUAAUUUUGAGAUGGUCAUUAUGGCAGUGAAUGUACUUGAAUCCUCAAUAAAACUAGUUGAACGCGUUUCCUCGGGAAAAAUGAUAUUGGCAUCAGUGUUUAUGGAUUUGUUAAUAUUCUUACUUAGUUUUGCUACAAAUGAUCCAACAAAAUUCAACUAUCCUCGAAACAAUCAUAUUAAUUUGGAAGUCUUAUAUCAAAAUAUGACCUUUGAAAAGCAGUUAAAGAAACUCUUCUCGAACACGAAACGAAAUUUUGCCAGCCGAAAGUCCCUGAUUCUCAACAUAUUGCACACAGUUCACGCUAUUUCGCAACAAAAUACUGCCGCAGUUGCGCGCAUUAUGAAAGAAGCGUUCACCAUAAUACCCGUUGUCCUUUUCACUAAAAUUGAAAAUAAUAGUAUACACGACGUGGAGAUCGUGAAUAAGACAUUACAAACAAUUCAAUUUUUAUCUUUAGAUUCAAAAAUAGAAU